CCAUCGUUUUCGGAGGGAAGGAACUGAGUGCAUGAUGUCUAGAACUAUGAACUAGUUUUAAUAACCUUUCGGUGCCCCAAAAACCGGAUACGUUCCAAUCACGCCACUAAUUGUUUAUAAGCAAACGAAAUAAACAUUUGAUCAUCUUUCAAUCUAGCGGGUACUAUGACAUUGUAAGAAAAUAAUGGGUCAGGGCUAAGAUUUCAAUGCCAGAUCAAAUUGAACUAAAAACAACACGUGACGUACGAACAGCCAAUCUGGUGCUAUGAUAGGUUUUUAAUUGGACACACACGAUUAUUUGUAGCAGAGAUUUGGGGAACGAUAUUUCAUAUUAGGAUAGCAUUUUCACAAGGAUUAGGAAUUAAACAGAAUUUAAUUGUCAGCAACUGAAAAAUGCGUUCCUUAUUCUUUGUUUUCGCUUUAAUAGCUGCAUGCGAUGGACGAGCUCAAAAUGCGCCUGAGGAUUACACCAUGGCGUUGUUCGAGUUGUAUUCACUUGUCCCUACUGGCCUAGACUUCGAUGUUGACAUGCUACUUGCUGAGCCAAACACACGCACCAGACGAGCCAUAUCAUACAACUUUAUUGAUGUGAUGUUCAGCCACACAGAUGAUGAUGGCGACAAUUUGAUCUCUGUUGAUGAAUUCAAUAAUAUGUUUAAACAUUUCGACGAUGACGACGAUGACUCCAUCAGUGCCCAAGAAUACGUCCGCGGUUUCAAGAAACGCGGUUACGGUAGUCCGCACAUGGGAAGAAUGUUGUUCCACGCUGGAGACUUGAACAAGAAUGGGCGCAUCGAGACUGACGAUCUGGCGACUGUUCGUUUGCGAUUUGACAUUAAUGGAGAUCAUAUUGUUACUAAACAGGAAUACACGCAAAAAUGGCAGAUGAUUCUUCGUGCUGUGCAGAUGUUUGGCUAACACUGUUUAUAGAUGGCGUAGAGGAGAAAUAUUCUCAAGCCCAACAAAACUGAAGAAAGAUCCAUUUUAUACGCCUCAUUCACAUCAUUGCAAAAAGGUGCAAUGGACAAUACGGACAAUAAGACAUUAUUGAUAUCACAGAUUCAUAGUAACAGUGAUUUAAAAUAAUUCAUUUUAUAAAGCUAUACUUUUAACUCUACAAUAGGUUUAUAUCCCUUUUCAUCUUGCAAAUAUUAAAUGAUAUUUAUAAUACGCCUCUUUUGUUUAUGUUUCUCAGUUUUAUAAAUAAAUCAGAUAAACGUCAAAUCUUAAAAUAAA